UAUUGAUCAGGGUGGACUCAUUUCUCAUCAGAAAUUUUCAGAGUUUGGACUUAUUCAGAUUUCCUGCCCAGGAUUGGACAAUUUAUUUGUUUAUCUAUUUGUCACGUUUAAACCCCACCUUUCCUCCGGGAGCUAAAGAGAAGGUUGGUCUGCUGCUAAAUUUGAACCCGUCUCUCCCCAAUCCCAACCCAACAUAUUAUCUUGAUAAUGGCAAUAAUAAAAUGGCAAUCCAGCAGGCAGACAAACUGCUAAAAAAGCACAGAGAUCUUCACUGUGCUAAGGUUUUGAAAGCAAUUGGCCUGCAAAGAACUGGGAGACAAGAUGAAGCGUUUACUUUGGCCCAGGAAGUAGCAGCCCUUGAACCCACGGAUGACAAUUCCUUGCAGGCGUUGACAAUCCUGUAUCGAGAAAUGCAUCGGCCCGAGCUGGUCACGAAACUCUACGAGGCGGCCGUGAAGAAAGUUCCCAGCAGUGAGGAAUAUCAUUCUCACCUCUUCAUGGCUUAUGCAAGAGUCGGAGAAUAUAAAAAGAUGCAGCAGGCUGGAAUGGCCCUUUACAAGAUUGUCCCUAAAAACCCAUACUAUUUUUGGUCUGUGAUGAGUUUAAUAAUGCAGUCAAUAUCUGCGCAGGAUGAAAAGCUCUCAAAAACCAUGUUUUUACCCCUAGCUGAAAGGAUGGUAGAAAAAAUGGUGAAAGAAGAUAAAAUCGAAGCUGAAGCAGAAGUGGAACUUUACUACAUGAUUCUAGAACGCUUGGAAAAAUACCAAGAAGCUCUGGAUGUUGUGAGAGGAAAACUGGGAGACAAGUUAACCAGCGCGCUCCAGAGCAGAGAAAAUAAGUGCAUGGAGAUGUACAGGAAGCUGGGCAAAUGGCCAGAGUGCAACGCUCUCUCGAGAAAACUUCUGCUUAAAAACCCAGAUGAUUGGCAGUUCUACAUGGUCUACUUCGAUUCCCUCUUUCAACUGAUCGGCAUGGCUUGGACGCCUCCAGCUGAAGGGGAGCAUUCUCUGGAAGGAGACGUCCAUCACAGCACAGAGCAGGCCGUCGCGUUCAUCGAACAGCGGCUAAUCCACGAGUCCAACAGCGCCCGCCCACUUCGGGGACCUUACCUGGCCCAACUGGAGCUGAUCAGCCGCUUGCGGCACAGAGGCUACCCUGAAGAACAGAAAUUGGGCAACCCAGAAGAGCUCAUGUUCCAGUAUUUCAAGAUGUUUGGGGACAAACCUUGCUGCUUUACGGAUCUCAAGGUGUUCGUCGACCUCCUUCCGUCCACGCAAUACACAAAGUUCAUCAACCAGUUGUUGGGGGUCAUCCCCCUUUCUGUCCCGCCGGAAGGCAGGCUUGCGCUCCCAGCUAAUAUCAAAGCUUUGCAGCAACACCUGUGUGUGAUGCAGUUGACACGGUUGCUUGGACUCUUCCACAACAUGGACGACACAGCUCAGAAACUGGCAGCAGUCCAGGACUUGAUGCUGCGUUAUCGGCACGGAUUGGAUUUUGGAAAAUCCUGUUUGAAAACAGAGUUACAGUUUUCAGAUUACUAUUGCUUGCUUGCUGUUCAUUUGCUGCUUGACCUCUGGCUGGAAGCAGGCGAGGAAUCAGCUGUCUGGCAGUGCUUGACUCUGCUAGAGGAAGGGUUGACCUCCAGCCCUUCCAACGCCCAGUUCAAAUUGCUGCUCAUCCGAAUCUACUGCAUGCUGGGGGCCUUUGAGCCGGUGGUGGAGCUGUACUCCAGCCUCGACGCCAAGCACAUACAACACGAUACCAUUGGAUACCUGCUGACCCGCUAUGCCACGGCUUUUGGCCACUAUGCUGCUGCGUCCCAAUCCUGCAACUUUGCACUCAGGUUUUUCCACUCCAACCAGAAAGAUACCUCAGAAUACAUCAUUCAGGCCUAUAAAUACGGCGCGUUUGAGAAGAUCCCAGAAUUCAUCGCUUUCAGGAACAGGCUGAACGCCUCCCUUCACUUUGCACAAGUCCGCACGGAACGGAUGUUGCUGGAUCUCCUCCUGGAAGCCAAUAUAUCAACAAGUUUGGAAGAAAGUAUUAAAUCCAUGGGCCUAAGUCUGGAAGAGGACGACAUUCCCUGGAAGGACCUGCGGGAUAAUAGAGACCUCACUGUCCUAUUUAAUUGGGACCCGAAAGACAAGAAUAUUUCUGAAGAGCACAGAAAAUACUCCUUGGAGGAAGAGACCACCUGGUUGCGGAUUCGGUCCCUGACAUUACGGUUAAUAAGUGGGCUGCCAGCUCUCGGCCACAGCAGCCAGCCGAAGAACUCGGAAAAAAGCACCGAGAACGGAGUUUCCUCCAAGAUUGACACCGUCCGGACUCUCCUGCGGCAGCUGGACGAUGCCGUGAGAUCGGGGAAGUGGCUUUUACAGAAAAAUAUUCAGUAUCCGGUCCUCGGCCCCCCUCCUUCACGGAUGGCCAGCUUCUUUGACAGUGGGAGCUGCCAGUCCCAAAUCAGCUUGUUCUAUCUAGUUAGUGAAAUUUAUGAAUUAGAUACCAAUGGCUUAGAAGAUUCCACAGCAAUUCAAGAGCGAAUAGGAAAUUGUUUGAAAUCGUUACUGGAGCAACUAACAGAUCAGGUCAAUAAAUGCAAAGGCGAUUUGUUGGAAAUCCGGGAGGGCAGCUUCAAAACCCACCCGAAUAUUUUAGAAAACCUGGUUUUCUUUGUGGAGACCAUCUCCAUCGUCUUGUGGGUCUGCGGUUACUCGGACACCGUCCUCCGGCCCUGGAAAUCGAGCCUGCAGAAGAAGAAAAAGAAGAAAAAAGAAAGCAGCGUGGCCAUGCCUCCUGUGUUCACCAGCUUCCAAGAUUAUGUUUCUGGACUCCAGAGGCUCGCUUCCAACGUGAUAGAUCACCUCAAAGGGCUUGAAAUUAAUUUAACUGCACUUAAACUUGAAGAGCUGUACAUAGACAAUAAUUCACUCUUGCAGGAAGAAAGGAAGUUUACAAAGACUGCGCUAGGGAAAGUCCAGAGUAGUUACCAGCACGCGGUUCAAGAAAUUGGAGAGCUGCUGAAAAAGAGACUUGAUACAAUAAAAAAUCUAAAGGUUUGAUGAAAUGCCUCCUUGUGCAGAAAGCCAGAUUGAAGCAUUGAAGCGUCCAAUAAGCAACAUCUACCAUCCCUUCUGUGUUAAAAUCUGGAACUUCCUCAUAAAUGCAUGAAGGACUUUGAUCACAAACUUUUUUUAUGUAUUAAAAAA